AUGAGAGAAGAACUUGAUGAUAUUCGAGAAAGAGAAGGUUUGCUAAGCGGUGAUCCUGCGGAUGGAAGACAUAAAGACCGUCUUAACUUCAUCCUUAGAACUUUCAUGAAAAUUACCUUGCCCCUAAUACUUGUGGGUACAAUAUUAAUACUUGCAUUUCCUUCAAAAAAUCUCGAGAGGAGUGCACCAAAAUAUUUCAAUGGGUCUCAUGACUUUCAUUCUACCGUACUUUUGGUAUCAUACGAUGGGUUCAGAGAAGAUUACUUGGAAAGAAUGAUUACUCCACACAUAGCAGAAUUUAUUCGGAAAGGUAUCAAGGCUGAAUUUAUGAUGCCUUCAUUUCCGUCUGUCACGUUUCCCAAUCAUUACACAAUCGUCACGGGACUCUAUCCUGAAUCACAUGGUAUUGUUGGGAAUGAAUUUUAUGACCCGAUUUUAGAAGACAAUUUUAUUUACACUAGCCCUCAUCAAAGCAUUGAUUCUAAAUGGUGGGGAGGUGAACCAUUAUGGGUUACCGCUGUCAAGCAAGGUCAAAAAUCUGGGGUGUCGCAAUGGGUCGGAUCAUCUUCAGUUAUUAAAGGAUAUCGACCAACUUAUCACUUCCCAUAUAAUUCUAGUUUGACAAUAAAGGACAAAGUAUCACAAGUGAUGAGUUGGUUAGAUCUUCCACUGGAUGAAAGGCCAACAUUCAUCGCCACUUAUGCGAGGAAUGUUGACCUCGAAGGACACAGAUCAGGGCCAUAUUCCGUGAAUUUAAAUAAUGCAUUGACUUACGUCGAUAACAUGACACACGGUCUGUUGGAAGGCUUGGCACAGCGCAAUCUCACAGACAUUGUUAAUGUUAUAAUUGUCAGUGAUCAUGGUAUGGCACAGACGAUACCGAGUAACAUAGUGAAACUAGAUAAUUCUUUUGAUGUUUCAAAAAUCCGUCCGAUAGAAGGAUUUCCUUUAGCUGGAGUUCGACCAUAUAAUGACUCGGAUGUUUUAGACAUAUAUUUAGGCUUGAAAGAUGCUAGCUAUAAUCAACCUUGGGAAUGUUUUGCGCGUGAAGAGAUACCCGAAAGAUUUCAUUUCCGUGCUUCAUUACGUAUAGCCCCAAUCUUUUGUAUCCCACCUGUAGGUUGGGUAUUGACAACGAAUAGGGAUUUCGACCAUCAUAAAAUACCAAGAGGAACACACGGGUAUGAUAAUCUCGAACCAGAGAUGAGAGGAAUAUUUUUUGCUUCUGGACCUGCGUUUAAAAAUAUAACGAGGGAAAUGAAGGACAAUGCGGUCAAAGGCUUUAUUAAUACCGAGGUGUAUAAUAUAGUUGCAAAAAUCCUAGACUUGGUUCCCGCGGAAAAUAAUGGAACCACCGGCGGAAUCCUCUGGAGCUAA